GUUUUCGGGUCGCAGCGCCCGAACACGAGUCGGAGGAUUUUUUCGCUCAGGGCAUCUUGCAGAUUCCCCUGUUAAGGUUCAGGUCAGAAAUUGGCAUCGGAAUCUGUUGCUCUCGGCAUGGGAUGGCGAAUGCACGUGAUCGCAGAAUUUUAGUGUGCAGAUGGUUUGUGUGCGAUGGAAGAACCGCAGCCAAUAUAGCCUGAAGGAUCGAAGAAGGGAAAAGAAAUGUCGCAAAUUGAAGGCACCGAGGAGGACCUGCUUCUGGCACAGAGAAUCUUGUCUGCGGCGGAGCGUCACGACCUGCAAGCCCUGCAGGUUCUUCUGAAAGACGGCUCAGCAAAUGUGUAUGUGAACGGCCGUGCGCCGUUACACGCUGCGAUUGCCAGCGGCGAAGGUGCUGAAGAUGCAACUGCAAAGACGGCAGAGUUGUUGCUACAGAAUGGUGCCAUAUGGAACGACCUGAAUAGCGACAACGAGACGCCCGGCUGCAUUGCCUUGCGGUUGGGCCUCAUGAAGGUCUACGAGAUGAUGGUCGAGGCUGGGGUCCGCGCUGAAAUGCUGUUCAGCAAGAUGCAAGAGCUUGGAAUGGAUGUGGACGGUGAGGGCGAUGAAGACGCAGAAGGUGCUCCUCAGAGGGCGACCCGAGUGACCGUGGAAGAAGACGUCUCCAUCGACAAUCACGCCUAUCUCAAGUCAAAGUUGCGAUACAAGCCGGGCAUACUUCUCGAUGAAUCCGACAACGCCGUCAUGAUGGAUUGGGAGACCGAGAUCAUGAAGCGACAUGCCGAAACGCUUGCUGAUCGUCCUGGUCUGCGCACCAUGAACAUAGGCCACGGUAUGGGCAUUGUCGAUAGAGCCUUUCUCGAUCGCUCGCCGUCUAUGCACCACAUCGUCGAAGCCCACCCGCAAGUGCUCCAAAAACUUCGGGAUGAGGGGUGGUAUGACAAACCAAACGUAACCGUGCACGAAGGUCGCUGGCAGGACGUGCUGCCCAAGCUGGCGGAGCAAGGUGUCGUUCUGGACGCAAUCUACUACGACACGUUCGCCGAGAACUAUGACGCGCUCAAAGAGCUUUUCUCCGAGCACGUGGUCACACUUCUUGACCCAAGUGGAAAGUUUGGUUGGUACAAUGGACUUGGGGCCGACCGGCAGAUCUGCUACGAUGUUUACACAAAGGUUGCUGAGAUGGAUCUCUACGAAGCAGGGUUUGACACCAAAUGGGAGGACAUCAGAGUACCUGCAGGUCUUCACGGCUCGGCCCAGUGGGAGGGGACAAAGCGACCAUACUGGACCAUUGACGUUUACCGAUUGCCCGUCAACACGUUCAUCUCGUGAUCAACGUAGCCUAGGGUUCUUUGACGAUAAGCGACAUCAUCGUCAUCCGAAAUGACAUCUUCAAGCUCGAACUGAGUUGGAACAGAAAUGUUGCGUGCGAUGGAGCAGUCCUCUUCCAUCCCUGACCUUUCGCAUUGUACGAGAGCCUCGUUAAGACUGGCACGAGCAUCGCUGACGACGGAAGAGAUGGGAAACUCCUCUCAGAAAGAAAUCCUUGCGUGUCAUAUCAUCGCCUGUCGAUUCACGGACCCAAGCACAUCGCGCCAAAAUCUGUUACAAAAUAUAAGCAUUUAGACUAGACCACGGUGGAGUAUUCAGUAAGAAAUCAAUUAUCUGAGGGAUCUUCACUUUUGCUCUCUUGCCCAAGAAUAAUUUCGAUCUCACUGUUUCUCCGAUAUCUGAUUACUUAAAAUCUCAUAUCCGACGUCCUGUUGCUCAGUUCCAACGGCGUUUGUCCAUGUCUCGCUAACUUUCAAC